AUGAAUAUACAAAUAGAUGAUGUACAAGUUAAUUCAAUUGUAGAACAAUUGGAGUAUUAUUUCUCUGAUUCCAAUCUUUUAAAAGAUAAAUAUAUGAACAAGCAGGUUCAUCAUUCGAAUGAUGGUUGGAUAGGAAUAGAUAUUUUGUUAACUUUUAACAAGUUACAUUUAAUGCUUGAAAAGGUGUUGAACGAACAUAUCAAAGCAAAGCAAAAUGACAUCUCUGUAAAAGAUGUUUUAAUUACCAUUCUUUUACACAAUAGAUUUAAAGAGAGUCAAUUGUUAGUUGCCAAUGAUGAAGCAAACGAAAUCAAAAGAAGACACCCAUUUAUUGCAUCAGAUGAUUUGAUAAGAACAGUCGAUGAGAAAACUAUAUAUAUUGAACCUGUACCCGAAAAUAUGACAAAUGAAGAGUUGAUAGCUUUGUUUUCAGAGUUGGGAAGUAUUGAAAAUGUAUCAAUACCUAGAUUCCCUGAUAAAAGAGCUAAGGGAUUUGCAUUCAUAGAGUUUAAAGAGAAGGAGAAUGCUAUAAAUGCAAUCACAUCUAUAAGAUCAAACAAAGAAAAAUACAAAUUAAGAACAUUAUCAAAGAUCGAUUGGUUAAAUAAAAAGAAACAAAUUGUAGAUGCUUAUCAACAUCAACAUCACGAACAACACCAUGAAGUUGUUGAUCAGGGUGGAUAUCAUUAUAAUAAUAAUAGGAGAAAUAAUGAUAAUUUUAAGAAUAGUAAUAAUAAUAAUAAUAGUGGAGAAAAUAAUAAUGAGAGUAUUGGUAAAAGAAUAUUAAAGAUUGAUAAUAUACCUUUGACUACCAAUAAACCAUUCUUAUGGAAACAACUAGAUCAAUUCUUUCAUACGGUAUUCUUGGACUAUCAUCUGGGUGGUGGAUAUGCAGUUUUACGAUUCAAGUCGAUGCAAGAAAGAGAUUCGGCACAGGAGAUGGUAAAGAGUGGCAAGGUUAUUAUUGAUGAACAAGUGGUGACAACAUCACUGCUUACCGAUCAUGAAUUCAAAACACACAUGAACAAAUCAAGUAGAUAUCAACAUCAGAAACAACAAGAACACGACAAUGAAGUGAGAAUGCAACAAUACGAAGAGGAUCAACGUAAAUUGAAAAGUCAGAAGAAUAAAGAAAAGAAGAAACGCAAGAAAGAGAAGCAAAAGAAUAAAAUACAACAAAAUAAUAAUAAUAAUAAUGAUAACACAACAGAUAAUAAGAAGGAUAACAGUAUUGUAAACUUUGAUAGUGAUAAUGAAGAUGAAGAAAUGACUGACUGUACAACCAAAGACAAUAGUAAUAAUCAUAAAAGAUCAUUUACAGAGACUUUGGACGAGAAAGAUAUUGUCUCAAAUGAUAUAAAUAAAAGUCAAAGAAUAUAA